CGUAACUAGGCAGCGUGUCGCGAUUGUGCUAGCGGCUCCGAUAUUGUGAUGUUCUUCCUGUUCCCGCAGCACCGCACUGCUAAACUCGACGCUCUCUCACACUGCUUGUAGAGGCCACUUUUUGCGCUGUUUUUUGACGGUCACGGCUGCAAGUGCUUUUUCUUCGUCUGCGUAGCAUUUUCUCCUACGGGACCCUUGCUCGCAAGACCAAACACCGUCCGAACCGCCAUCUGCCACAGGACACGCGUGCGAGCGACGCUGUCCAGAACUCGAGCACAUUCCGGGCGGAGACUCUCUCGGAGUUGCUGGGAUACGCCAGAGAGUUGCCUCCGCCGAAGUCUUUUAUUCUGGUUGCUGGAUCUUCUGUCUUAUUAGUUUUCUGGUUUCUCCCUUUACCCAACGCGAUGGCCGGCCCACUCGCCUUGCAGCCUAGGCAAGGAGACCUUGGCUGCCGCUAUGAGAGUAGCGAUGCGAGCCAGGGUUUCAGCGGUAGCGUUGCAUGGAGUCGCAACACAAGUGGCGACCUUCAGUGUGGCACCAUUCCUGGAAUGGGUAGAGUGGCUCCGGUUCUUAGCCGCCGUGUAGUUCUGCAGUCUGAGGUAGACGGUAACAAAGGAACUACCAAGCAAGCCGGCGCUGUCCCUGCCAAGCGCGGAUAUGUGGCUCCCAAUCCCCCGCCCGCGUUGCGGAACCGUGCAAAGGAGGAACCGUUUUCACAUGAAGAUGCCGUUCAGGCGUGCAAAGGGUCUAACCUGUUUUUCUCCAACAUUGGCCACGGAAAAUGGGGCAUUCAGUCCCGCGGUAAUGUCACUCAAAUCUGCACCUUCGAGGGCACUCUAGAGGAUUAUUUUCAGAUGCGCUCAACUGACGGCAGCAGUGGCGGCGAAGGGUCGUCGUGCUCUGCAUCUGAACGGGGAUUUUCAGACGACAAGGCCAGCACUGGUGGAAACUCAUUCGAUGGUGCGACUCACGACAGGAGAACUUCGGAUGCUUCUCGACAGUUUUCGCAUACCGGUUCGAACGCAAAUACUCAGCUCGAUGCUGCUUUGGCGGGGAACGCGGGCAUCGAAGCCGACGAUGAACGGCAGCCUUCCGGCCACAGCACUAGGAGCAGCCUGGUGCCAACAGAGCGAGAGCGAAGCGACGCUUCCCGCGGACCUCUCGUCGAGGCACUUGGAGGCGUGGACCAGACAGGUGCUGACAAGGACGAAAAGUCUGCACCCGGACGGGACCAGUCUGCAGCCAAAGAGCAGAAUGAAGGCACCACCCAGGGAGGAGAAAAACGAGGACGUCUGAUCACACUGGAGAUGAAAGACGGAUGUGUGGUGUGGCCUAAAGACCGCCCUGUCAUCCCGUUGCCUCACUGGCAGCUCACGAACUUCUCGCAGGAGCCUCUUGAUGCGCAGCAAUGGGUCCAGCUUCCGACUGUUGGUGGCCUCAGCCCAUAUGCUGAACUACUGGAAGGACACAUGGCCAGUGCUGUUGCCGCCACGGAUAUUCGCCAGGCACAUGCGCCCGGUACCACGAACAGGUAUUGGGGAUCCUCCACGCCCAUGCCGCAGCCAGUGCAAACAACACUUCCCCGUAUCAAACUACCAGUUGGCUGCGAGGCUCCGCCACUCAGCGUCCAGAUUGGAACGAUGCCAUUCCUUACACCAGCAAGCGACCAAGCGUCCAAUUCUACCUCACGCCAGGCCAGUCGGCAGGCCUCUGGGACUGUAGGCAGACACCUGGGAAGCACCAAGUCUGUGGGAGGCCCCCUCUUUCCAGCGCUGGGUGGGCAAGCUUGCCAGGGGGCUCCAGGGGCGAUGUACACUAAUUUCUCGAACAAACACUUCAUCCAGCACAAGCCCACUGGCGCCGAAGGCGAGGUGUUGAGGAGCGAAGACAACGGCGCCUCACUGAUCGUCAGGCUCAAGAACGGCCGCAUCAAGAAAUUCGAUAGCACCCAGUGCCGUGUAACUAAAGCUGUCUGCACGCCAACCAGAACACCCUCUGAUAAGCAGCUCACAGCCGCUGCACAUCAUCACGCUCUGGCGAUGAUGAUGAAUCGUGCGGCGCAUGCUGCUGCAGGAAGACCGGGAGUGGCCCCCGCUUUACAGUUUGGAGUUGCAAACCGCAGCAGUGAUACGGGCUUAGCGGCAGGACAUAGCGCGACCGUGGAGCAGCCCAAUGUACACGCCAGCAGUGUGAAUCCUCGAAAGCUCUCGAUUGACACUCUGUCUCUUAUUGGUUCUGCGUCAAAGUCGCUCUUUGGGCUGUUGUCAAUUGGUAGAAAGGAGGCUCCCAGUGCCUCCGCUACCGGUGAAAAUGGGUCUCAAGCAACCUCGGGCCUACGUCUGUCAAUCAAUCCCGCUAUGAGAGGAGCUGACCAGGUGCCACGAGUCGAAGACUUGGUUAAGUUUGCGCAGGAACAAGCAAGCACGAGCACCGACAAUACGCUCGUCGUAGGAGGGCCGACGUCGCAUCCGAGCAUCCGAGCUGUAGGCAGCCGUGUUGCUGUUGAAGCCGUGCGCACGAAGAGGUACUCCCUUGACGAUGGCGAGGAAGGCAACAUGGUGCCGGUUUUCUCUCCCGAGUGCCAAGCGCUUCAGUCUCAAGAAGCUGAAGAAGCUCGGUGGCUCCAGGAUAUGCAGCAGGCUGCGCCGGAGAGCCCCGAUGAGAUCCUAAUGGAACGUCAUCGUGCCCUGGAAAAACUAAGACAAAUGCAAAUGGCAGCUCAGGAAGAGGAGAUCAUCUACGCCCAAGAUGCACCAGAAGCGACUCUUGCCCCCGGGAUCGUAGCUCCUACCAUCAUCAAGGACAGUUUGGUGGUGGUUCCGAAGGAACACGACGACGUCCGCCAACUCAUCCGGGCUCCUGGUAUUGUCCAUCCAAUCGUGGACGUUCCCAAGCUUGAGAUAAUUCACCCUGCUAGGAAUGCACAUCCGGCAACAGUACCACAGUUUUCUACAAGUGCUUGCACACCGGAUGAUGACACGGGCGCCGAGUGGUACGCGAGUCUGCAGCAGCAGGUCAAGAAUCAGCUUCUGCACUACUAUGCACAAACGGGCAACCUACAAGCCGCCACUGCUGCGGUCACCGGCUCUGGCAUCCAUGCACCAGAAAUCUACACAUCAAACAUGCUACCAUAUUUUGGAGACAUGGGCGCAUCAGCCGUUCAGAGACGCCAGGCGACGGUACUCCGGGAUGAGGCUGAUCAGAUCGAGUUUGUCCCCAUGGCCUGAGCCACAACUGCGGUGCUGAAGAGUGAAUUUUUUGACUUGAGGAUGUCUGUGGAGGCCAGCUAGUUGUACCUUUUCUCAGCGUAUAAUUCGGCCGACUCCUCUUCACUACCAAGUUACGAAAGAUAUCGCAUCACGCAUUUUCUCGAGUGAAAGCUGGUAAACAACGAUCAGCCCUUGUGCUCAAACUUUGUCGAUGAGUCCCGCUGCAGAAUGUCGUUUCCGUGAUUUGUCACCCUUGCCUGGUGAGCAAGCGGUUCCGUAUUGCCUUAUUUCCGAUGGCAACACUCUGAAUCGCCUGAAUUUCCUCGGAAAAUCAAGCUGUGUUAAGUGAGUACCAUUACUGUGAUAGUACAGCCCCUCACUCUUCGCGAAUAAGCGUGUGUUUAGAGGCAGCCCGCAUCUUUUCGGUGAAGCCUCGUAUGUGCAGAUGCACUAGAAAAAUUGUUUCCAGUUUAAGGGAUCUCUAAAGAACAUGGUUGCCAGGGAUAGGUCGAGGUGGCCACAAUACGAUCUGCUGUUUGCGUGGCUGUCGAGACACGAAAUUUUCUCCAGCCAUAGUCUGUCUACGCUAUCCUGCCUCCAUCACGGCAUCAAGUUCCCGUGUUUGAAGCUUAUCGAAAUAUUGCAUCAUACGUGUCCCUCAUGAAACUCUCGCUCAAAAGUUUUGCUGAUAACAGCGCAU